AUGCCGCCGUCAAAGGUUCCCCCCGGGAAAGAUCAUCCGUCUGGAGCUAGAGAAUUUCAAGGCUUCCAGACUAUAGGGCCGUUCUAUGAAUUCACUGCCAUAAUUGGACCUAAUGGUGCCGGCAAGUCCAACCUCAUGGACGCCAUCAGCUUCGUUCUCGGCGUUCGUAGCGCUCCCUUCUUUACGCUUUUGAUGGCCGCGACAAAGAACAGAGUGGCCGUAAAGCUUUUGUUAGGUUGGUUUACAGGUUGGAUGCCGGGCGAGGAGUUUGAGUUUACUCGGACCAUACCUAGCGCUGGGGUUAACGGUGGUAUUGUCAAUUGGAAUGAAUACGAUAAGAAGUUGAGGGAAUUCGGCAUUCUGGUUAAAGCGCGAAAUUUUCUGGUUUUCCAGAAAUCCUUGAAGCAAGAGCAUUUUCUCUGGCAAUUGCUGAACAUAGAGAGAGAUACUGAGAAUUCUAAUGAAGAUCUUGAGGCUAUGGAGGAAAGCCGCAAACAAAUUCUUGAUGAACUGAGCAUGUACGAGAAAGAAUUGAGCAAAAAGAAAAAAGAACAGAAUGGUUAUUUGAAAGAGGUUGGACACUUUGAGAGGAAGAUUGCAGAGAAAAAGACAAUACUUGAUAAGAGUCAACCAGAGAUGCUUAAGUUGAUGGAGGAGGUAACACGCUUAACUCAAAAGAUUAAGAGUACCACUAAGGACCUUAAGAAAAAGAAAGAAGAGAAAAACAGGCACUUAGAAGAAGUGGAAAAACUUCAGAAUGACUUGCAAGAUCUCAUUAAGCAAUUGGAUGACCUCUGUGAAAAGGGACCGGGUGCGAGUGAAAACCUGCAGUUGGCUGAUAGCCAGUUGGAAACAUAUCACCAAAUACUGUAUCAUGACAGGUUGAAGACAAAACUUGAUGAAGUUGAGAAGAAACUGCGUGAGCUGAAGGCUGACAGAUAUGAAAACGAAAGGGCUGCUAGAUUCUCACAAGCAGUUGAAACUUUGAAACGUCUAUUCCCUGGUGUGAAUGGUCGGAUGACUGAUCUCUGUAGACCAAAACAAACUAAGUACAACUUGGCAGUCACUGUUGCUAUGGGCAGAUUUAUGGAUUCAGGAAAAGAAUGCAUAAAGGUAGAAGGACUGAGAUUAUGUUUUUCUCAUUCAGCAAUCUAG